AUGACUUUCCACAUAACCAGGAAGCAGCGCCUGACUGCCACAAUCGCCAUAUCUGGUGCCUUCUGUAUCGCCGAGCUAGUUAUCGGGUUCCGCACAAAGUCGCUGGCACUCAUCGCCGAUGCUUUUCAUUAUAUGAACGACUUGAUAGGGUUCGUGGUUGCAUUACUGGCGGUCAUCGUCUCGGAACGCGCCACCUCCCCCAGAACCCUCACUUUCGGUUGGAAACGUGCUCAAAUACUCGGCGCAUUCUUCAACGGGGUGUUCCUUCUCUCUCUGGGUGUCAGCAUCCUACUUCAAGCAGUCGAGCGAUUUAUCAACAUCACCCAUGUUAAGGAUCCCGUGUUGAUACUGAUCAUGGGAUGUAUUGGACUUGGUCUCAAUGUCCUCGUUAUAUGCUUCCUAGAUGAGAAUGACGACAGCAACGAUGGUGGGUACGAAUCUGAUCAAGGGGAAGGAGAGUCGAUCAAGGAGUCGGUUGCCGUCGCUUGCACUUUUCCAGUAAAUUCAGAACAAGCGAAUACAGACUCCAAGGAGGCCAAAGCGGAGAAUCACCAGGUCGGUCGAGAUCUCGGUAUGCUCGGCGUCAUGAUCCAUGUCAUUGGUGAUGCUAUGAACAAUGUCGGCAUCAUAGUGGCAGCCGUCGUCGUUUGGAAAGGGAACGGGGACGGCCGGUUUUACGUGGACCCCGGAGUCAGCCUAUUUAUCGCUUCGACCAUCAUUGCCUCUGCAUUGCCUCUUUGUGGGAGAGCUGGUCACAUCUUGAUGGAGAGCACGCCGCCCCAUGUUGACCUGGACGAUAUUCGAGCCAAAAUAAUCAAGAUGCCCGGGGUCGAGUCGGUCCCAGAGCUCCUUGUGUGGAGAAUCGAUCAGAAGACGAUGCUGGCGACGGCCCAUGUAGUCGUUGCGGACGACAGUAUCAGCAGCUUCAACCCGAAGGCGACAGCCAUCGGCGCAGUUCUACGGCCUUAUGGAAUUCACUCGAUUGCGUUGCAACCUGUACCCCGACUCCACAAAGGCACAGUCACUCCGGAUGCAGCAGGCUGCGAUGAUCCCAAGUGA